GAGCCAUACAGAUUGUACAAAUCGGGACACAAACUUCUGGGUGGAGCAUUAAAUCAACUGUUAUAUUUCUUCAUUCUGCAUUUAGCAAGGUCAUGGAAGAUCUAGAGGAAACAUUAUUUGAAGACUUUGAGAACUACUCCUAUGCCCUGGAAUAUUACUCCCCAGAGACUGAUUUGGAGGAGAAAGCACACCUAGGAGUCAUUCACUGGGUCUCCCUUGUGUUAUACUGUUUGGCAUUUGUUCUGGGCAUUCUAGGAAAUGCCCUUGUCAUUUGGUUUACGGGAUUCAAGUGGAAGAAGACAGUCACCACUCUCUGGUUCCUCAAUCUAGCCAUCGCAGAUUUCAUUUUUCUUCUCUUCUUGCCCCUGUACAUCUCCUAUGUGGCCAUGAAUUUCCACUGGCCCUUUGGCAUCUGGUUGUGCAAGGCCAAUUCCUUCAUUGCCCAGUUGAACAUGUUUGCCAGUGUUUUCUUCCUGACGGUGAUAAGCCUGGACCGCUAUAUCUACUUGAUCCACCCUGUCUUAUCUCAUCGGUACCGGACCCUAAGGAACUCUCUGAUUGUUAUUAUAGUUGUUUGGCUUUUGGCUUCACUAAUGGGUGGUCCCACCCUGUUUUUCCGGGACACUCUGGAGUUCAAUAACCACACUCUUUGCUAUAACAACUUCCACGAGCAUGAUCCUGACCUCACGUUGAUGAGGCAUCAUAUUCUGACCUGGGUGAAAGUCAUUGUUGGGUACCUCUUCCCUCUUCUAACAAUGAGCAUUUGCUACUUGUGCCUCAUCUUCAAGGUGAAGAAGCGAAGCAUCCUGAUCUCCAGUAAGCACUUCUGGACCAUCCUGGCUGUGGUCAUUGCCUUUUUGAUUUGCUGGACUCCGUAUCACCUGUUUAGCAUUUGGGAGCUCACGAUUCACCACAAUAGCUAUUUCCACCAGGUGCUGCAGGCUGGAAUCCCCCUCUCCACUGGCUUGGCAUUCCUCAAUAGUUGCUUGAACCCCAUUCUUUAUGUCUUAAUUAGUAAGAAGUUCCAAGCACGCUUUCGGGCCUCAGUUGCUGAGAUACUAAAAUAUACGCUGUGGGAAGUGAGCUCUUCUGGCAUAGUAAGUGAACAGCUCAGGAACUCUGAAACCAAGAAUCCGUCUCUCCUGGAAACAGCCCAGUGAAUUCUUACUCUUGCACAGAUCAUAUGGCUUUUGUGUGGGUCCCCUGACAGAUGCUUUCGGAUUGUUUGGGUCCAAGACAUAGAGCUGACUGUAUCUUUUUAUUGUUUUUGGUCAUUUUAUUGGCAUCAUAUUUUUCUAUUGAUAUAAAACAUAAGAAGAAUCUUCAUUUUUUUCCAGCAACUUAAAUUAUGUGUUAUUCUUGCUAAUUAUACUGUAGUGGAUUAAUUAACACUAUUUUUUCAAUUUUAAUGACUUUUUAAAAGUUCUAAAUCUUAAUA